UCAUCUUUAUAACAUUGCAAAACUCACUUCACACUCCACUUCUUUGUAUUUUUCACGCUAGCCCCCGGGUCAUACACUACUCAUCGAUUUACAGGUUCAGGUUUUAAGCCUUUGUGAAAAUCCUUUAAGCUACAAAGCAAGGCCUGUCAUAUUUGUUCCUUAUCGAACAAAAUAGCACACGUGCUCAACUAAUCCUGCGGGUUCUUUUCAACUUCGAUCACUUCUUUUAUUUAUCGGUCACGAUUGUUCGCAUAGUCUCAAAAGCAAUAUGGCAGCCAUGCCCGGAAGACCGAUGCUUCUUUUGCCGUUCGUUUUGCUCCUUCUAAUCGAAGUCUCCCUGGCCGCGUCACCACAGCAAUCGUCUAACGCGUGGUUCACCGAUGCCCUAAAAGAGCUCAGCAAACACAUCAACAGGAAGCCCAACCACCAGCCCGCCAAAAAUGUGAUCAUCUUCAUAGGCGAUGGCUGUGACAUCACUACUAAUACCGCGGCGCGGAUUCGCAAGGGCCAGUUAUCCGGGGCUAAGGGCGAAGAGGGGUAUCUGGCCUAUGAGGAAUUCCCGUAUACCGGUCUUUCUAAGACUUAUAAUACGGAUAAACAGGUGCCCGACUCCGCGGGAACAGCUAAUGCAUUGUUCAGCGGCGUGAAGACGAGAUAUUCAAUUAUCGGUCUGAACGAGCAAGUCGUCUUCAAGAACUGCAGCUCGAUGACAAAUGAACGAAAGGUCGACAGCAUCCUGAAGCUCGCAGAGGAAGCCGGGAUGGCGACAGGUAUCGUCACCACCAUGCGUGUGACCCAUGCCACCCCGGCCAGCCUGUACGCACACUCCCCAAGCCGCAACUGGGAGAGCGAUAUGAGGAAAGAGAUGGAAGUCAGCGAUGCCCAGAAGUGCAAAGAUAUAGCUCAGCAACUAGUUGACUUCCAAGACAGCUUUCAACAACAGUCUCUGUAUAAUGGAAAUGAUGAGUAUGAAAGCCAUGGCGGACAGGACGUGGGUAUUUACUCGACUGGUCCCUGGGCCGACCUAUUGACGGGCGUGGUCGAACAGAAUUACAUUUUCCACGUGAUGGACCACGCCCUGUGUCUGUCCCAGAGUAAGCAGAGUCAGUGUACGAAGCACGAGGCACGAGGAGGUCCUAAGCCCGCUGGCUCGGGUGCACGAGGGCUCAACAGCGCUGUCUGUCUUCUAUUGACUGCUUCUGUGUACAUACUCGUAUUUUGCUUACUGUAAUUUCCUGGAAGAUAGACAAAAAGCAAAGCCCAUCCUAUUGUUUUCCAGGUAACGUAAAAUCUGUCAUAAAAGAACAAAAAAGGAUUGUUUUAUACCUUUGAAGUAUCUCCAUGGGACGUUUAUUGUGGCUAUAUACCAGAGUGAUCUAGCCUAUGCUUUAUAGUUUUGUCUACAAACAAGAGACCUUUGGCCGUUGUGAGGGGGGGGGGGGGUGAACUUACAUCACUUGUACUUUUGGAGAGGGGGCUUUUAUAAUACGAUAGCCAUAACGUUUGUAUCUCUUUUUACUUUAAAACAUGCAUGUGGAGACGUUCGCAUUUAAGACGUAAAACAUAGUGUAAGCAGCAUACAACAUAGUGUAAACGUAAAAUAUAGUGUAAGCAGCAUAAAACAUAGUGUAAACGUAAAACAUAGUGUAAGCAGCAUAAAACAUAGUGUAAACGUAAAACAUAGUGUAAGCAGCAUAAAACAUAGUGUAAACGUAAAAUAUAGUGUAAGCAGCAUAAAACAUAGUGUAAACGUAAAAUAUAGUGUAAGCAGCAUAAAACAUAGUGUAAACGUAAAACAUAGUGUAAGCAGCAUAAAACAUAGUGUAAACGUAAAAUAUAGUGUAAGCAGCAUAAAACAUAGUGUAAACGUAAGACAUAGUGUAAGCAGCAUAAAACAUAGUGUAAACGUAAAACAUAGUGCAAGCAGCAUAAAACAUAGUGUAAACGUAAAAUAUAGUGUAAGCAGCAUAAAACAUAGUGUAAACGUAAAACAUAGUGUAAGCAGCAUAAAACAUAGUGUAGACGUAAAACAUAGUGUAAGCAGCAUAAAACAUAGUGUAAACGUAAAAUAUAGUGUAAGCAGCAUAAAACAUAGUGUAAACGUAAAACAUAGUGUAAGCAGCAUAAAACAUAGUGUAAACGUAAAAUAUAGUGUAAGCAGCAUAAAACAUAGUGUAAACGUAAAAUAUAGUGUAAGCAGCAUAAAACAUAGUGUAAACGUAAAACAGUGUAAGCAGCAUAAAACAUAGUGUAAACGUAAAAUAUAGUGUAAGCAGCAUAAAACAUAGUGUAAACGCGGAUACAGUCCAUUUGUUAGAAGAAAAUAAAUGUAUGAGGGACGGGAAGUAUUGUCCAUUUACCUUCGCCUGCUUGACUAUUGCUGACGCGACAAAUUGUUAGAUUUGUGUGACCUACCAAGGAGCACUGGAUCAUGAAUAAACCACCUAUCCAGCCAUUGCACCCCUCCCCCAUUUUAAAUCCUGGAUCCGCCCCUUCUUUCCCUCCCAUGCCAAUGUGUGUGUGUGGAGGAGGUGGGCGGUGAAGGGGGGGGGGUAUGCUUGGUGGGUGGGUAGAAAGGGGACCACUACUAUAGUCAGGAGUAGAGUUAAUAUCAACCCAUAUUCCAGGGUGUAAAGAGCAUCGUAUAUAGUGGAGUCCGGGGGCAUUCUCCCCCAUACAAUGUGUUCCCUUUGAUGUAUAAACCCAUGUUUUCUCCAACUUUGAAAAAUAAAAUAGCCUGAUACUCUUA